AUGGCCAGAGGUUUAAGACCUAACGAGUUAGUUGAUCUCUUAAACUUUGGUCGAGAUUCCGAUCUUUCUUCGUUAUCUAGUGACGAAGAAAUAGUAGAAGAUACUGAAAAUCAAUUUGCUUCAGAAGACGAACAAUUUGAACCGAUUGAACAACAGAUACUCAUAAAUAACGACAUUUUAAAUGAACAGCCUUUAAAUUUAACGGCUUAUAAUAAAAAAAAAAAACGAAAUAUAAUUUGGGGAAAAACACCGUUUUCUCCCCAAGUAAUUAAUUUAACACCGAUAACUGAGCCAAUUUAUCCUACAACAAUUCCUAAUCCCAUUGAUUAUUUUUCUAAAUAUUUUUGUGAAAAUGAUUUUGCUGAUAUGGCCCAAUAUACUAAUCUUUAUUCGGAACAAAAAAACUUAAAUAAUUUCAACAAAACUGAUUCCGCUGAAAUGAAAAUAAUGAUUGCUAUACAUAUGUUAUUUGGUGUAUUGAACUAUACCCGGAGUCGUAUGUAUUGGGAAAACAAAUAUCGAAUAAACAUUAUUGCAAACAAUAUUUCCCGGAAUCGUUUUUUUCAGCUUCGAAAUUGUUUCCAUGUUAUUGAUAAUGAAUCUGUUUCAAAUGAUAACCGUGACAAAUUUGUAAAAAUUCGUCCACUUUAUAAUUCGUUUAUCAAACGGUGUUCCGAGCUUCCAAAAGAAAAAAAUUUAUGUAUUGAUGAACAAAUAAUUCCAUUUAAAGGUAAUUUGUCUAUACAACAGUACAUAAAAGGAAAACCUACUCCGUGGGGUAUAAAAAUUUUUUUACUAUGUGGACAAAGUGGUAUUGUUUAUAAUUCACUAUUAUACCAAGGCUCAAAUACUAAUAUCAACGAUUUUAUGCAGAAAAACUACGGUCUAGGCGGUGCGGUUGUGCUCAAAUUAGUAGAAAACUUGAAACCUAAUAGUCACAACUUAUUUUUUGAUAAUUUUUUUUCGUCAUAUAAUCUUUUUGGCUGUCUUUUAAAAUAUAAAAUAUUUGCGAUUGGCACAAUUCGAUGCAAUCGAUUUUGUAACCCUCCAUUUCCGAAAGAUAAAGAACUUGCUAAGAUGGGUCGUGGAACCAGCUUUGAAGUGUCUUCAAAUCAUAAUAUUACGUUGGUUAAAUGGUUUGACAAUAAAGCUGUCAAUAUUGGUUCCAAUUUUAUUGCGUCAGGAAUUCCUAUUCAAGUAAAAAGAUUUGAUCGGAAGGAAAAAUGUUCGGUGAUUAUAGAAUGUCCUGAAAUUAUAAACUUAUAUAAUAAAAAUAUGGGAGGUGUCGAUAAGCACGACCAGUUAGUUAGCUAUUAUCGUACUUUUAUUAAGUCAAAAAAAUGGACAUUACGGAUGAUGUUUCACAUAUUUGAUAUGGCAGUGGUCAACUGUUGGCUCGAAUAUAAAAGAGACGCAGCUGAAUUAAGUAUUGAACCAAAAGAUGUUAUGGAUUGGUUGCAUUUCAAACGGCGCCUAGGAGAGAGCUUAAUUAGCGUUGGUGUACCAUUUUCUCCUUCAAGUAAAAAAAGAGGUCGCCCUUCUAACUCUCCCUCGAUAAUUAACCCACGAAAGAAGUUAGUUAAAAAAGUAGAUGAAAAACCAUUAGAAGAAGUUAAGAAAGAUAGUUAUGGCCAUUUCCCAGAGUAUGAUGAUCGAACUGAAGCAGAAAUGUUUGAUUAA